AUGCAACUGCUCCGCUGCACGGUGUUCGCGGUAUUGCUCGGGCGGCCUGCUAUCUUCCUUGAGAUGAUCAACAUGGAGCCCUCCCUGGUGCGCGAGAUCGCGUCCCUCCACCGUAACGCCCACACCCGGAGCCUGGCCCAGAGUUACGGCCUGGCCAUCCAGACCGUCUCCUGGGAGGACACCGCGCGCACCAAGCACAGCUGCUGGGGGCCCAACAUCGCUGACGUCACCCUCCACGCGGCCGGCCACUCCCUGCCCAUGCUCCGCAAGCCCAACUUUGCUGACGUCACCGCUGACGUGUCCAUCGGCGCAUUCAGCGUGACCGCCGGCAACGAGACUCCCUCCAGCGACCUGAGGCGCGUCGGCUUCCGGGACUACGUCGCCAACACCCUGGGCCUGCCCGGCCUGGUCCUGGACCGCGAUGACGUCCUGCUGACGUCAGCGCAGGCGUGCGUGCUCCCGUGCGGGCCCGCGGGCGAGACCGAGUUUUGCCCGCAGAUCUACAGCUACCAGUCGCGCCCGGCCGACCCCGCCGUCCUAGUUGUCGUGGCCAGCUCCCAGGGGACGUCAGCCCACGUCAUCACGGGGCGCAGCGAGAAGCUGCUCUUCAAUCGCGGCGGCCGCGGCGCAAUGUUCCUCGCGAAGCGCCUCUCGCAAGACCGCCGCGAGCGCGGCGCGCCGGAGACGGGCCCGAUGACGGACGACGAGGCGGACCGCAACGCGCUGCUCCUGUUCCAGAUCCCGCUCAAGCAGCGUCCGGUUCCGGCUGAGUCCGGUCGUUCCGGGCCCGUUUCCGUUCCAGCCGCCGCCGCCGUGGUGCUGCCCCGGAUUCGGCACACGCCCGCUAUUCCCGGCGCCCCGCCUACCUCCCCCGAGGCCUGCGCCCCCGCGGCCGCGGGCCGCGGCGCGCCUCGGACGGCGGGCCUCGAGUACGCGACGCUGCGGGCGUCCGAAAGAACCCUGGCCGCCUUCAAGGGUUUGGCAGGGUUUAAGCUGGAGCGCGAUGAGUGGUUCCCGAUCCGCGUGACGUUCCAGAUGUACACCGUGACGGACGACCCGGCUCUGACGGAGGCCCAGGUGCGCGAGCUCGCGGAGCGCACCGGGAAGGUGUACGCGCGCGGCAAGGAGAGCGGCAGCCUGGUGAUAACCGCGACGGCGCGCGCGACGGAGCCGCGGCCGCUCUCGAACGUGGCGGGCGCUGAAGACAUGCCGAUCUUUCGGUUUGGGGUGUAG